GAGAGACAGCCAGGCUCACUUUACCUGUCGGGCAGGUGAGAGAAGCUGGAUCCGCAGUAUGCAGAGGGAGUCCCCUCACCUGGGAAGAUGUACGUGAGCUACCUGCAGCUGGACAAGGACCCCACCAUGUACCCGCACCAGAACCCGGGGGCCCGCCACGCGGGCCUCAGCCCGCAGGGCUUUCCGGGCCCGCCACAGUACUCGGACUUCGGGUACCACCCGCACCACCCGCACCACCCGCACCACGGCCUUGCUUCGACCCUGUCAGCGCAGCAGGCGGUCGCGGGCCCCGGCGGGUGGAGCUCGGCCUACCCGCCGCCUCCUCCGCCCGCCCGGGACGACUGGUCGUCGCACCACUACACGGCGGUGGCCGCCGCGGUCGGGGGGCCCGCGGCCUCCGCGGUGGGCCCCUCCGCGCUGGGCUUCAGCCCGCCGGACUUCGGUGGACAGUCCGGGCUGAUGAGCGCGUCCAUGAACGCGUCUGCGGGGCCGCUGUGCCCCGGAUCCCCGCAGAGGAGGAACCACUACGACUGGAUGCGACGCAGCUCUGCGCCGCCCUCCAACCCAAACGGAAAGACGCGGACUAAAGACAAGUACCGCGUGGUUUACACCGACCACCAGCGCUUAGAGCUGGAGAAGGAGUUCCACUUCAGCAAGUACAUCACCAUCAGGAGGAAGGCGGAGCUCGCCACGACCCUGGGCCUCUCGGAGAGACAGGUGAAGAUCUGGUUCCAGAACCGCCGAGCCAAGGAGCGCAAGAUCAACAAGAAGAAGCUUCAGCAGCCGGCCUCCUCCACCACCACGGCCACGCCCCCCGGUGGCAACAACGGCGGCGGCGGACUGGUCGGCAGCGACGUCCUGCUCCACGGAAACGGCGGCAGCAGCGUCGCCAUGGUGACGAGCAGCAGUGGCAACGGGAUGGUUUCCCCGUCCUCCCUGCCUCUGAGCAUCAAGGAGGAGUACUGAAAGCACUUCAGACUGAUGUCAGACUCUCAAAGACCCCCCAGGUUCCCUCACCCCCCCGUCGCUGAGAGGAACCGAGGAACCUUCCCCACAUGGUCAGACUGUUCGGACCAAACUCUGAGCCACGAGUUGGGAUUUAAAAAAGUCAUUUUGUUGCUCCGCUCGUCUUUAAUCUCAGAUCUCAGAAUGACAGAUAAA